GUAGAUAAUGUGUGAAAAAUAAUACACAUCGCCAAAUUUUAUCGCCGAUGAUUUAUGCAGUGAGGAAUUUUAUAUAAAAAAUGGAUAUUUGUGGAAAUGUUUUGGUUUCAAAAGAUGUACUCAACUUUGCGCUUAAAUGCUUAUAUUGUGAAACGGAUAUAGAACAAUGGGAUGCGUUCGUUACACAUAUACAAAGUUUACACAACAACUACGAGGAGCCUUGCAUAGAUCCGCUGGUGGAAUUGGAUUACAAAGAGGACAUCGUUGUCGGUUUAAUAAAAGAUGAAACGAUGACACCGCUUGAAACAGGAAAUUUGUUUAACAAUGAUUCUGAUAUGAAAAUGGAGUUAAACACUGAUGAUGAAUUUGUUAAAUCUGAGCAUGGCGAGGAUACAUCUUCUGAUGUUGAACAAAGUCAGAAUAAUGACGCAGAUUAUGUAGAUACAGAGACAGAUUCGUCUGAUGAAGAGGACAAGAAAGAAAUGAUACGCAACAAAAAGUUCAAUCCAACAUUUUAUAGACGAAAUGUUAAUACAAACGUUUUUAUUGAACUUUACCAAAACGCACCAUGUUUAUGGGAUCCCAGUGAUGAGCAUUAUAACAACAACGAAACACGAGAAAAUAAACAAAAAGAAAUAAUUGAUGAAAUGAAAAAACGCUGCCAAGUUACAUUAACUACCCCAACUCUCCGCAGCUCAUUCCGAAAAUUGUACCAACAGUAUCAGGCCACCCUGCAUGCAAAACAACAAAAAAAGUCAAAAUCAAAAUCUAAAAAGCUUCCAGCUUUAGUAUUGGAUUACUUCGAAAAGUGUUCCUUUCUAUCUGUUGCGAAGGAUGACUUUGGUAAAGUUGAAGAGGAAGUGCCCAUCACAAACACAAACAUAAGCUUUGCCAAACUCAAUCCAACAACGGAGUGUUUUAUUGAAACAUAUGCACUAUUUCCUGUACUAUAUGACAACAAACAUGAAGAUUAUAAUAACUCCAACGUACGCAAGCAAACAUAUAAAGAAAUGUCUAAUAUUAUGAAAAGCAAACAAAACAUAGAGUUUACAGAAGAUGAAAUAUAUAAAGGCAUAUAUUACUUGCGUCAUUGGUAUUUCAAAUUAAAAAGCCGUCUUGAAAAGGAAUUUGAUGAAAAGGACUUGUCAAAAGCAGCACAAGUUUAUUUGAAAAAAUGUAACUUUAUACCAGAUAGACCACCGAAUUUGAAACUAAAAUGUACAGAAUGCGAUAAAGUUUUCCACAAUGCGACAACACGACAAAGUCAUCUCUUUAAGGAACAUAAAAUCGGCGAUUGGCCACAUAAAUGUACAGAAUGUGGGCGAACAUUCGAGUUCAGAGCAUCUCUAAUAAUGCACGAGCAACGUAGUCACGUUGGAAAGGUACAUAAAUGUGACCAUUGUGAGAGACGUUUUGCUGUACAAGUCGAUUUGCAACGUCACAUCGAUUCGCAUAUUGGUAAAAAGCCCUUCGUUUGUGAAUUAUGCGGCAAAGCAUUUCGUAGUAAAACCCAAUUGGGUUAUCACUCCGAUGCUAUACAUACGAAAACACGCGCUUACAAGUGUACAAUGUGUCCAAAGGACUUCCUCAAGGCGCGCGAUCUUAAGGAUCACAUAAAGGCACAUCUUAAUAUAAGAGAUAAAAUAUGUGAAACUUGUGGUAAAGGAUUUACAAACUGUCAUUCACUCAUACGACACAGACAAAUACAUUCCGAAGUAAAAAAAUUUGCUUGCAAGUUAUGUGAAGCGAAAUUUCAUCAAUUUGUUGGUUUAAACUCACACAUGAAGAGGACGCACGGGAUUGUUAAAAGUCAGCAAAAGUCUUAAGUAUAAUUAUGUUGCAGUGCAAUGCCGGAUAUAAUAUUUUUUAAUUUAAGUUUGAUUUAACUUUUACUUUAAUUUUUUUUUGUUUGGAAUGGAAGUUGCAUUUUCAAGGUAAAUAUUACAGCAUCAAUUCACUUGGCCUUUUUUACUCUCGGCGAGUAUAUACAUAAACUAUUUUAUUCUUAAUAUUAGUUCAGCUCUCUCUAUUAAGCAAAUAUUUAAUUCAACAUUAUAUAUAAUAAAUAACGGUAAAAGUUAAAAUAUACGAUGUCUUAUAAGAAAACUUACAAGUAC